AUCAAAGUGACAUCUAAAAGAUUUUUUUAAAAAAUGUGUUCAGAGCAACAUUGUUUUGUUGACACAAGCCUUUAGAAGAAAGUUUGUCAUUCCUGACUUUAUGUCUUUUACCUCACACAUUGAUGAGUUAUAUGAAAGCGCUAAAAAGCAGUCUGGAGGAAAGGUUGCAGAUUAUAUUCCUCAACUGGCCAAAUUCAGUCCUGAUUUGUGGGGUGUGUCUGUUUGUACAGUAGAUGGACAGAGGCAUUCCACUGGAGAUACCAAAGUUCCCUUCUGUCUGCAGUCCUGUGUAAAACCUUUGAAAUAUGCCAUUGCUGUUAAUGAUCUUGGAACUGAGUAUGUGCAUCGAUAUGUUGGAAAAGAGCCUAGUGGACUAAGAUUCAACAAAUUAUUUUUGAAUGAAGACGAUAAACCACAUAAUCCUAUGGUAAAUGCUGGAGCAAUUGUUGUGACUUCAUUAAUAAAGCAAGGAGUAAAUAAUGCUGAGAAAUUUGACUAUGUCAUGCAGUUUUUGAAUAAGAUGGCGGGUAAUGAAUAUGUUGGAUUCAGUAAUGCAACGUUUCAGUCUGAAAGAGAAAGUGGAGAUCGAAAUUUUGCAAUAGGAUAUUACUUAAAAGAAAAGAAGUGUUUUCCAGAAGGCACUGACAUGGUUGGUAUAUUAGACUUCUACUUCCAGCUGUGUUCCAUUGAAGUGACUUGUGAAUCAGCCAGUGUGAUGGCUGCAACACUGGCUAAUGGUGGUUUCUGCCCAAUUACUGGUGAAAGAGUACUGAGCCCUGAAGCAGUUCGAAAUACAUUGAGUUUGAUGCAUUCCUGUGGCAUGUAUGACUUCUCAGGGCAGUUUGCUUUCCAUGUCGGUCUUCCUGCAAAAUCUGGAGUUGCUGGGGGCAUUCUUUUAGUUGUCCCCAAUGUUAUGGGUAUGAUGUGCUGGUCUCCUCCUCUGGAUAAGAUGGGCAACAGUGUUAAGGGAAUUCACUUUUGUCACGACCUUGUUUCUCUGUGUAAUUUCCAUAACUAUGAUAAUUUGAGACACUUUGCAAAAAAACUUGAUCCUCGAAGAGAAGGUGGUGAUCAAAGGCAUUCCUUUGGACCAUUGGACUAUGAAAGUCUCCAACAAGAACUUGCUUUAAAAGAGACAGUAUGGAAAAAAGUGUCACCUGAGUCAAAUGAGGACAUCUCUACAACUGUAGUAUAUAGAAUGGAAAGUCUGGGAGAGAAAAGCUAAAGAAAUGGGUUCUAGUUUCAGAAUGUUUCUUCAUUCAAUCUUUCAAACAUCUUUAGCUUUUUUUUUGCAAAUUAUAAAUAUUUAUUUGAGAUAUUUUUUUGUUCUCAACCUUCGGUGCUGGAGCCAUAAAGCUUUUUUUCCUUUUAAUCUUUGUAUAAAGAUAAUACAUUAAAAAGUGAAUUUGUUGGUCUUUAAAAAAGUAUUUACAACUAAAUAAAUUUGCUUUAAUUUUAAAAAUACAAAAAGGAAAAAUUCUCUUAAAUUUUUCUUGAUGUAAUUAAAACUUUAACUAUGUAGUUAGAUAAUCCCAUUUUACAAUGGUAACAGAAAAUUGUAAUUCUUAGUUCUAAAAUUCACACAUUAAACUCAUAAGUUUUGUUGCAUUUUGUUUUUUCUUUUCCAUUUUUGAAACUGACAUGAUGUCUAUAGUGGCAAUAGAAAGUACUUCUAUGCUAAAUGCAAAACUAAAAAGACAAAAUAACCCCAAUUACUUUAUUUAAAAUAGCAGUGGAUUAUAAAAUUAGCUUACAUUUACAAUUAUGCCACUUUUAGUGAUAGAUUGGCUUUACAUUUUUAAAAAUUUAUUUAAAAUUUUAUCAAAUGUUUUAAAAUAUGUCUCCUACCUUUUCUAUUUUGCAACUGCUCUGUUUCUGUCAGAAUUGUUAUAUACAGGAAUGUCUUAUGUUACUAAAACAUUCCAACCAAAGAAUUUCAGAUGUGAGAUAAUGAUGUUUCAUUGAUAAAAAGCUAUAAUGGUUAGUUACUCAGAAGGAGAAACAGUGAGUGUCUUCAAGUGAAUUGUUCACCUUAACAAUUUUAUUUUCAUAUUAUCCACAUAACUUUUUCUGUUAUAUUUAAAUAUGAAUGGCAAAUUAUGUUUUUUAGCUUUUAAAAUUUUAUUAUCCUAAUAAUUUUAUAAUUGCUAAUAUUUCUUUUGUGAUAAAUUAUAGCAUCUCAUGAAGUUUAUUCUAUUUGAACUCUUAGAGUACUGGGAAAUGAAUUUAGUCUGCAGGUAGUAAGUAUGCUACUAAAAUAUGUUAGAUCUGAAUCCUUUUGUUUGGUAAUAAAAAUGCAAUAUUGAGAAUCAAAACUUGUUUUUAAGAGAACUAAGGAUUUAUUCAACCUGAUUUCAAAUAAUUAUUCAUGGUGUUUAAAGUUGUCUUGGCAAAGUGAUUGUAAAAUUCUGUAGGACCUAUUCACACUUCUUCCUUCUUCCAUAGGGGACUGCCUCUCUGGUUUUCCCCACAGCUCCCCUACAGUUUCAAGUUUGUUGAAACCUGUUUAUUUUUUUCAAUUCCUUUUUAAACUUUUUUUGUGGGGGAUUAGAAGAAAAACUUGGUGGUUUCUUAGCAUGAUGGUAUAUAUAUGUGGUAAUGGAAAGUCUGUAAAAGUGAAUAUAGUGUAGCAAAAAAGAUUUCACUGAGUAUUUUAGAUACUAGUGCAAAUAUAGAAAAUCUUGAUCAUAAGGUCUUGAAUUUGGGAACUAUGACAUUAAGAAAAGAAGUUCCCUCCCAGAGGUGCUGGCCAAAAGCCUUUUGGGCUAACUUAAGUAUUAAAUUUAUAUAUUUAAAUAAUUAUAUUAUUAGUUGUAGAGGAUUUUCCUGAAGGUUUUAUGCUUACUUGAAUGUUCUUUGAAUGUUCAUAUGCAUAUCCUAACUGGAUGCUUCUCAAGGCCUUACUGCAUUUUUGUGUUGUAUAUUUGUGUUGGUUGCACCAGGGUCAUUUGUAGUUUAGGCAAUCGAAUGCCUUAAUUGGAAAAAAGGCAUUAUGGUUUCCCCUAUGUUCUGAAUUGUUACAUUUUACCAUUCUGUUCAGAAGUUGGUUUUACUUUAUAAAAUGAAGAUUUAGUUUUCAUAUCAUGUACAUAUUUGUAUAGAUUUCAAAAUUAGGUUAAUUUGUGGCACUUAUUCUUAUUGUGUUGGUAAUGCUUAAAUUUAUACUUAAAAAUGAAGUGCUGUUAUCUAAGCUACUGUGUCUAGAAAAUGUUAAGAAUGAGCAUCCAGAAAUUUUUAUAGAAAAUUACAAAUGGAAGAAGAGAUAAGAUAUUGUGAAUAGGCCCUCACACUUAAAAAAGAAAAAAACUUUGCCAGUUUUAAGGACAUAUUUUGAUUCUUUCAGUAUUCUUAACACCUAAAACAAAGUUCUUAAAAGUACCCAGUAUUAUUGGGUUUAAUGUUUUAUGCCAUUAUUGAUUCUUGAUAUUCAAGCAUUUACAAUAUAGCAUAUUUGAUUUUCUUUUUUCUUAUUUUUUAUUUUUUGGCAUCAUUAACAUUUCAUUUGAAAUGCAUAUUAUUCCUGAAGUACUUUGUUUUUAGCAUAAAUGUUGUGCAUUUUAUCUUAGUGUUUGGAUUAAAACAUUUGUGUUGUUUAGCUUUCUUUCAUUUGCUUUGUAUAUUUAAUAAUGUACCUUUAUUUUCCAGUAUGCCUGCAUUUUGUAUUGUACAAUAAAUUUAUUUUAAGCUGAUUUUAUUGUUUUUUUUUUUUUUUUUUUUUUUUUUGGUUUUGUUUUAUAAAAGCAACUUCUACAUUUUAAGUACAAAAACAGUUGGGAUUUUAACUUAGAAAAAAUUAUCCUUUAUGAAGAUAAUAUUAAGGUGUUUGCUAUUCUGAAGCUGUCUCAAAGUAAACUAGAAAUACUCAAAAGGGCUUUAUUUGAUAUUUUUUUUUAAUGCAAUGUAGCAUUAGUGGUUUUUGUGGGAGGAGGACUUUUCCUAUUGGUUAUACUAGAAGUAUUUGAAUGAAAACUUUCCCUCAAUUUUUUUGGUUGUUUUUCCAACUUAAAAAUCAUGCAACCCUAUUUGUAGGUUAUUUCUACUUUCUGAGGAGGAAUAUUGUUAUUCACCAUGUAACUCUCAUUUUUUUCUGUUGUUGCCUAAAGAAUAGGAAAAACAUUGCUAAACCAAUGAAGAGUAUCAUAAUAUUGAUUUAGAAUAAAACUGUUAAUCAUAGAAUUUAUAUUAAACAAGAAUGACAGUGAUACAGAAAUUCACCUUAACUGCUUUCUGAGGGCAUUACAUUUUGAGAAGGAAUUUUGUAUGUUUCCACGUCAUGGUCCAGAUUAUAGUACAAAUUAUAGAGACUCCAUGUAUUGUAAGUCAAAUAUAGUAUUUAAAUUUUUCUGUUUAAUUAAAUCUGCCAUUCAUAUUCUGGAGAUUUCCUGAAUAUAUUGUAGAAGUUUUAAAAUUAUUUAAAAGGAGAAAUACUGUUGUUUAUAUUACUUUGUAUUAAUCUAUGGGAUUUUUAAAUGAAUUUCUUUCAGAAUUAGUUAAUAAGGAGUUUUAGUAUAAUGACAUAUUCAGUAGAUGUAACAGUUUGUGAUCAGUUCCUUUUAAAGAUUUUUUUUAAAUUUCAUAUGAAGCAAAGAGAGAGGAGACUUAAAAUGCCUGGUGAUCUUGAUCUGACAGUGUAUAUUUAUUUAAUAGGCUAUAUUUAUGUGGAAAGAACUGCUGAAAUAUACUGAUAUGUCAGCUUAUACCCUGAUAACUUAUAUAUAAUACAUUCCAUAUGAAUGUUUAUGUACACACAUGUAUAUCAUUUUCUUAUCUAUGUAUCUUAAUCUACCCAUUCAUAUUCUGAAAAUGAGCAGUUAUUUUCACAUUGUGUAUUAUGUAUAAAUUAUUCAUUGAUCUAUUCCUAUUCCAAGUUUUGACACAAAAGAACUCCUGAAAUUUUUGCUUCCCUAGAAUUUGAAAAGAAUAACAUACUUCUUCAGUUUGACUUUAAAGAUUUGUGGUUUCUGUUACCACUCCCAUUCACCACCAGCACUGCCAGGGUAAGAGAGUAACUAACAGUAUUGGGGGAACUCUAGAAAAGUGAAACCAAGAAUAUUAGGUUUCAUGUGGAAUUUGACUUUAAAGCGCUUUCCAAAAUUUAUUAUAAAGAAGGAUUAUAUUUUUAAAAUUGUAUUUGACUUAAAAGAAGUAAUGCACUUCUCAUAUUGAGCAGUUUACAGAAUAGUUUUAUUUAGUUCACUGUGUACAAUUUACUAUUCAUUUGUAAAAAUUUUGGUUUAUCUCCUAGAUGGGCUUGAAAAUGCUAGAAAGGACUUUUUAAAGAUAUAAGAUCAGUGUACUUAACGUGUGAUUUCUUCUCUAUUCCUUCUUUACCAUUUUAUAUUAAAUAUUAUAUUUGCAUUUGGUAAUAAAACCAAAACCAGAUUUGGAGAUGUAGCAUAAAUGGAAAAUUCUUACCAUGUAUCAUACACUGAAACUUUCACAUAGAUUUAUUAAGAAUGGACUUUACCUUCAUCAGUCUUUUCUCUGACAUGUAGUUCAAGGGCAGAAUUAUGUAUGAACGUACACUCGAGUAUAUCCAAGUUCAACUAUUUUUCUUUUUUUCAAAUUGUAACUAAGUUAAAACCUUUGUUUUCUUCAUUGCUUAGAAAUGGAAGGAAUUUAAUUGGAAAUGGAAGGAAUUUAAUUGGGUAGUGGGAAGUUCUUUUAUGUCACACCCCAAACUCCAGCCAGUAGUUUAUUAAUCUGAAUAUCAUAAAAUGCAUAUGACUUUGAGAAAUUUAGAAAACUACUAUAAGAAUGUCUGAGGCAAAAUUUAUCCAACAUGAAACAGAGUGGGGAAAACAUGGUGUUUCUUAGAGUUGUUAACUUUUUAAAUAGUAAUAGAAAAAGUACAUUUAAAAAAAUACUAUGUUAAGUAGACUGAUCAUAAAUACUUGUUUAACAAAGUGAUUCUGUUACUGUGGUCUUAAAAUAUUUUCUAUUUCUAUUUUGUGAACAUAGGAAAGGAAGAUAAUUUAAGUUGACUUUGUUUACCAUUUCCAUUUUAUAGACUGUACGUCUACUUUAGUAAAUUUUGUAAAUUGUAGCUAAUAGAGGUUUU